AUGGAUUGCAAUGAUAACUAUAACCUUAUCAGCAAUGAUUUUAAUCAGUUUCAUUCAACAAAUAUAUUUUCUCCAUAUAAUUUAGAGCUCAGUUCUAAUAACUUUUUGGAAGAGUCUACUACUAAGUUUUCAAAUGCAGCUACUGAUUUGGAGAUGAAUGUAAACUCACAGAUUGGUAAUAUGGAAACUGAAAUAUCAGAUUUUUCAAUUGAUAAUUCCAUUAAGAUUGACGAUAAUUUCAUUAAUCAAAUUUUGUGUGACAGUUCUUCAUCCUCUACUAGUGAAUCUGAAAAUCACUCGCCAACUUGUUCUUCAGAUGAUCAAAACUGUUUUGACGGUGACCGAAUAAAUAAUGUUAUUCAAAUAUCACAGACUGAUCAGACGCAAACAAAGAUAACUUCAUUACAUCGUCCAAAGAAUCUCGUCCCAGUGCACAUUCCAGUUCAGCAACUUCUGACAAAUCGGAAGAACACAUAUCACCCAGUGAUAUAUAUUAUGCCAACAUCAGUUCAGAGUACUGCCAAAUUUCAAAAACCUGUCGGUCAGAUCGAUCAAAAACUUCUCUUACCCAUGCAUCAUGUAUCAUCGCCUACAUUGAUACAUCUAGACUCCACCAAGAAGAAUGGAAAAACGUUAACAAGCAAAACAUUAUUGAAUGUUAGCGAAAAGGGUUUGAAGCAUGAAUUAGGUGUUGGCAACGAAAUGUUAUAUUCCGUCGGUGAUAUAAGUUUAGACGAAAUGGAUUACAAUCGUAAAAAAGAAAUUAGAAAACUAAGAAAUCGAUAUUCUGCACAGCUUUCUCGAAUCCGGAAAAAAAACGAAAUCAUUGAGAUGAAACGAAAUUUGGCUAAGAAAGAUGCGAUUAUUCAGGAUUUAAAAGAUGAAGUCACAAAUUUAAAAAAAGAUCUGGAAUUUUUGCGGAAUGAGAAUGAUAAAUUGAAGUCAAAAUCAGUUAAUCGGGGCAAUUUGGGAUUUGUUGCUGGUGUAACUUGCAUUUUCGGAUUCGUCGCAUUAUUUUCUUUAAGCAAUACAUAUAUGUCAGGAAUUAAAUCACCGUCUACUAAGGAUUUGGUAACUUUCUCAAGGUCAAAUAUGAGCAAUUUAGCUAACUGUGAUAAUGCAUCGAAAAAGUUUUUAAAUGAAACUGAAGCAAUGAGGUUAAACAAGGAUGUUUUCGCUUGGGUGAAUCGGCAUGAAUGUUUGAAAUUCGUGCAUAUUCGGCGCAUAUUCCGUGUUCCUAUUCAGACGCGUGAGAUCUCAAAGAAACUAGGCAAACCAGUACAGAAAUAUGAGCAAGGCAAAAAAUUAAAAAAUGGAACUAGUAAACAACGGACAAUAAUGGAUAAAGUAGAGGCUGCACGUUUAAAAGCGGUACGUGAACGUACUUGGAAACAUAUCAACAUGAUCAGUUCUAAUGGAGAAAGCACAUCAUCAGUCAGAUCACAGUUGAAAUCAAUGGAUUAUAAUGAAAAUCAAAACCAUUUCCUAGCGAACUGGUUGCAUCAUAAACCAGAUUCACUAAAAAUUCGGGAUAUGGAGUUCCUGUAUGCUGAGCUUGCCCGAAAUUUGAAACAACGAGAUGAUACUCUUUUCGUAAUAGCUAUGAAGAACUACUACUUGCUACCAGCUAUAGUUCAUGAUGGUACUGUACAACCACGUUUGGCGCUCAUCUUGCCUGCUUUAUCUUUUAAUGGAACACUUCCCAAUCAAGUUGCAAUGAUGCGGUUGGAAUGUGAUAUAACAGGUACAGGAUUAUUCCAUCUACCAAGUUCUCUUUUACCUCUGUUUUACGACUACUCAUCUCGUUAA